AUGAAAACGACGGAGAAUCUUCAAAUAACCGCGUGGAAUGUAACAUUCGAUAAGUUGAAACUGACUCAACAUUACGAUAGCGCCGCGUUCACUUCAUGGAUACCACUUGACCAAUCGGCAUGUACGAUCAUUUUAAAGGUGAAUAAAUUCCAAAAAAAUUGA